AUAUAGAGGUAGCAGUGCAAUUUGUUUUUAUUCCGACCUUACCAAGAUGGCGUCUUUAAAAGGACGACAACUUCCGGUCGUGCCCCCAGAAUGCUUGUGAUGACCUUAAAUACAUGGCGUACCUCUUUUGAAAUUUGCAGGAAAAAACAAACAUCUUACAAUACAAGAAGACAGUACAGACUGACAUGGCAGAGAGAGUGGCAGAGAUGGAGGAAGACAUUGGAGACCGGCCAGCCAGAGAGGAUGACAAUGACUCAGACACAGAUGAAGAAGAGAGACUGUUUGCUUGGAUGGUAAAUGAUGAUAUGGAUGAAGAGGCGGAGGAGGAAGAGGAGGAGGAGGAGGAGGUGGAGGAUGAACAGCCUUUGGAAACUGAAGUAUCUGAAUCGUUUGAGGUGGAUACACCAGCUGAGCGCAGUGGUCAUAUAGCCGUGGUGGACAGAAACAUCAUGUAUAUUUGGGGUGGAUACAAGAAUGCUCAAAACCAUGGAUUCUUUGACUUGUAUCUGCCAAAAAAUGAGAUCUGGACAUACAACAUGGAGUCAGGAGUAUGGACAAAACAUGCAGCAGGAGGUAAUCUGCAAACAUCCAUGUCAGGCAGCUGUGGGGUUUGUGUUGAUGGAGUCCUCUACUUAUUUGGAGGUCAUCACGCCAGAGGGAACACUAACAGGAUAUACCGUCUGCCCCUGAGAGCCCCUGUACUUGUUUGGGAGGAAAUGAGGGAUCUUAAAGGAAUCCCUCCUACCUGCAAAGACAAGCUAGGCUGCUGGGUUCAGAAAAACAGACUCAUAUUCUUUGGGGGCUAUGGCUACGCUCCACAAGUAACACAGCAAGGGACUUUUGAAUAUGAUGAAUCAUCUUCACUCGUGUGGGACAGCCCUGGGCGAGGCUGGAACAACCACAUCCACAUCCUGGACCUUGAGACAUCUACAUGGAGCCAGCCCAACACCAGGGGAAAUGCCCCAUCACCCAGAGCUGCUCAUGCUUGUGCUACAGUUGGUAACCGAGGCUAUGUGUUUGGGGGACGAUACAAGAACUACAGACUAAAUGACCUGUACUGCAUCGACCUGGACACAUGGGAAUGGCAUGAAAUGAGCGUUCCUCAGCAUGGUCCUGUGGGCCGAUCCUGGCACUCCUUCACUCCGGUGUCACCAGACCACAUCUUUUUAUUUGGAGGUUUCACCACAGAGAGAGAGACUCUGAGUGAUGCUUGGCUUUACUAUGUAAGCAAAAAUGAAUGGAAGCCUUUCAAACACAGUCACACAGAGAGCCCGAGGCUGUGGCACACAGCAUGCUCCGGUCCAGACGGAGAGGUGUUUGUGUUUGGAGGGUGUGCCAACAACCUUUUGUCUCAUCACAGAGCUGCUCACAGCAACGAGUUACUGGUCUUGAACGUUCAGCCCAAAUCACUAGUUCGGUUCUGUAUGGAGGCCAUUCUGCAGCAUAGGGAGCGACUGUGUAAUUACUGGGACUGCUUGCCUAAACACCUCCUGCACAGCCUCAAACAGAGAAUGUCACGGGUCAACACACUGGGCUCCUAGGCUACGAGGAAAUCCAGUCCAGAGGAUUUGAGAAUAUGUAUGUACAUAUGGUUGAGUGUAAUUGUCAAACCGGGUAGUCCUGUUAAAGCAUUAGUUUAAUGUGUGUGAACCAAUUUUAAAAAAAACCAGUUCGAACAGGGUCCAGACUGAUGCAAACUAAAGCUAUCCGACCAUCUUCACAGCUGUUCAUGACCUUUUUUCUGUUCAUUAUAACACACAAUUUAAAAAAGCCAGUUAAACCUUUAGUGGAGCAGAAUUCCUGCACUAGAUUUGGGUUAUUUGUUCUGAUUAUUGCUAAGCAUCAUUUUUCAGGAUGAAUUCUUUAAUUACUCUGAAAGGUAACUCAAAAGGUAAAAUUAUAAAAGUGUGGUUUGCAUGUCAGUGUUCUAAGAUACAUUGAUUGAUACUUCUGUACUGUCAACAAACAUUUGAUUAAGACCAAACUUAACCGGUCAAACUUGAUACAAUGACAGUGCUUCUGUGUUUAGGAUUCCAGAGAGGUUAUUUUGUUUAAUGCUUGAAAAAUGAAGUUUUACAUUUUUUGUUUGUUGUGCUUGCCAGUAGUAUAUACCUGCUUAGCUUGGAAUAUAGACGGAAAAUCCCCAUCAUGAUCGGCUUUUCAGGAAAACCUCUGAAAGAAACCCUGUGAGAAAAUCCAUUGUGUUUUUGAGGCUAAUGUGGAAAAUGUUUAGUUUGGAAAAGGGGCGGGACUUCCCUUUACUCCAUAAUAUUUUAGGACAUCCUGUUGGUAAACCCUAGGGUCCACAAUAGAGUUCCGGUCCUCGCACAAACGCCAGUCGCUUUUUGAAAUGGUAAUUUUCAUUGCUCUUCCUCAGCUAAUGUCUUAACACUAACCGCAGCAGCACGGCUCGAACAGGUUUGCUUUAACAGUGACAAAUGAGGAAGCCUGUUGCUUUUAUUCAAGAUCUCACAGACCUAAAACUAGUGCUUUGUUUCGCAAGACUAUCUCCUCUGAACUCACAGAAAUGUGAAUUUUUAUUUAUAUACAUAUAUAUACAGAGAGGUAUUUAUAUAUUUGUGAGGAAAUGUUUGGGUUCUUUAUUCUCAAAGAGGCUUUUAAAUUAUCAGGAGUGGCUCCUGUAGCAUUUUGUUUUUAUUUAAACCGUUACUAAAAAAUACAAAUACUGCGAGUGUAUUGGAUGUCGAGCCAAGUUGCACUGAAACGCCUGAUGUCAGAAGGGCUUUGUUUGAAUUUUGCCUGGUUUGCACAUAGUCGUGAUGUUUUGUAUUGUACAACACAAUGCAUAUUGUAACUUCAUACUCACAGAAUAAACACAUACCAUGAGAUGUGUUCUGUUCAGCUUUGUUAAUUUACAUGUUUUCAUUUUGAAGAAAUUGUAUGUCAACAAACACAAUCAAUAAUUAAAAUAAAUGAUUGAUAUUCAA